UCGUUCCUUAGACAUCAACACUGUCAGAUUUUACUAUUAAUAUAGUGAUGGUUCUAGUGCAGUGAAUGUAAACAAGUAGUAUGAUCGUAGUUGUUGCCGGCAAUUUAAAAAAAUAUUUGAGGUUUCCUCCUCAAAUAUCUCAAGAUGUUGUUUUACUAUGUUCUGUUAAGUGUAUAAAUUCAUACUUUUCUACGAUAUAAAAGUAUGAAUAAACGUUACCCCGCGUACUUUACCUUAAAACAAAAACAUUUGUGUUCAAAAGUGUUGUAAUUAGGAGAUGUUUCUCGUGAUUGCUAUAUUUUUAUAUUUUCAACCAUAUGCUUUAAUUUGCCAAGUUUUAGGCAGCGAAAUAAAAGUUUCAAAUAAACCUGCUAACUUAACAAUAGGAAAUGUCACUAAUACAACAAUUGCCCUAAGCUGGAAUAGACCAGAAAGACCUUCUGGUGAAAUACUUGGCUAUCAACUUUUUUAUGCAUAUGAAAGUAAUCCUGCUUCCAAAUCUGUGAAUGUAACAUAUGCCAAAGUGCAUUAUACUCUUUCAAAUCUAAAGCCAUUUACUGAAUAUAAAAUUUGGGUUGAAAGUUCCGUAAUGGGUGAUGGAGAUAAUGAUAGUGAUAGCUCCGAAGCUUUAAAACAAUUUACUGAUGUUAGUGGACCUGGGCCUCCGAGGAUAACAAAUGUCACUUGUCUCCAUAGUGCUUUUUUUAUUCAGUGGCAAAGACCAAUAGAGUUUUUUAACACAAUUGAUUUGUAUACAAUUUACUAUAAAAGCACAAAUAAUGAUAAAUACAAUGAAAUUAAAGUUAAUUCUAAUUCCUCCAGUGAUGUUUUAAAUCAGAUUGUAGAUAACCUAACUGACAACACAGAAUAUGAGAUAAGAGUUAGUGGUGCAUCUCGCAGUGUUUUAAAACCUAAUAAAUUUAUGGAAGGAGUUUGUUCUGAACCAAAAAGGAUAAAAAUUAAGUCUGAUUGUGAUCAACCUGAUUUGUUUGAAGGAACUAACAAAUAUCUGAAUGUUGUGUUAAUAAUUGUUAUUGUUUUUGCUUCGUUUGCACUUUUUCUUACAAUAUGUGUUGUAGCAAUAUGGAGGCACUGUUUUCAUGCUGCAUAUUAUUAUCUUGAAGAAAGUAGGCAGGUUGUUACAGCACCUGCUUUCGAUUGGGAUGCAAGAAAUGAACAAUAUCCCCCAAUAUCAGUUAAAGAUUUUGCUAGACAUGUUGCUUCAUUGCAUGCUGAUGGGGAUAUAGGGUUUAGUAAAGAAUAUGAUUCCAUCCAGUGUGCAUCACUUCAUGAUCAGUUUUCUUCUGAUGUUUCUACUCACCCUGAAAAUAAGCUGAAAAAUAGAUAUUUAAAUAUUUUAGCAUAUGACCAUAGCCGUGUGAGGCUUAUGGCUGGACCUAGCCAAAAUCGUUGGGUUGAUUACAUCAAUGCUAAUUAUAUAGAUGGCUUUGAAAAAAUCAAUGCUUAUAUUGGCACACAGGGUCCGUUGCCCAAUACAUUUGAUUGUUUUUGGAGAAUGAUUUGGGAACAAGGAGUAUCUGUAAUAGUUAUGAUCACAAAUCUAGUUGAACGGGGUAGGCGGAAAUGUGAUAUGUAUUGGCCUAAAGAAGGAACUGAAACUUAUGGCCAUAUUCAGGUGAGAUUAAUUAAAGAAGAUGUUUUGGCUAUGUAUACUGUCAGAACCAUGAAAAUUUUACAUUUGAAGGUUAAAAGAAAAAAGUAUUCAACUGGAGAAAGGCUUCUUCAUCAAUUUCACUAUACUAAUUGGCAUGAUCAUGGUACACCUGAUCAUCCUUUGCCUAUUCUCAGUUUUGUUAGUAAAUCAUCAGCUGCAAAUGAAGGGAAUUCUGGUCCAAUUGUGGUUCAUUGCAGUGCUGGAGUUGGAAGAACAGGUACCUACAUUGUUUUGGAUGCAAUGUUGAAGCAAAUAAGAACAAAAAAAGAAGUUAAUAUUUACGGUUACUUGAGAUAUAUAAGGAAUCAACGUAACCAUUUAGUCCAAACAGAAGAACAGUAUAUUUUUAUCCAUGAUGCUAUUUUAGAAGCUAUCACUUUUGCAGAAAAUACAUUGGGUACUGAAUGUCUUCAAUACAUCCUUCAACCAAAUGUGGAUACAAAUUCAGAGUAUUGGAUGCAGUUUGAAGCCAACUAUCAGAUGGUCACAGCUUUUGAAGCCAGAGAUUAUAAUCAUAUUUCUGCUAACAAACCUUGCAAUCAAGCAAAAAACCGCUCCCAAGAAUUUGUUCCUUUAGAAAGCUCACGUGUUCAUUUAACUCCUAAACCUGGUAUUGAGGGAAGUGACUACAUUAAUGCAUCUUGGAUUUUAGGCUUUAAGAAACUGAAAGAAUUUGUUAUCACACAACACCCUAUGGAACAGACUAUUAUUGAUUUUUGGCAAAUGAUUUGGGACCACAAUGCUCAAACAAUAGUAUUAUUAUCUGCAGUUGAUGAAUCUCAAGGUUACCCAGCAUUUUGGCCAUCAGAAAAGAAUACCACAUUUGAUAGUGAUAAUUUCAAAGUCAAAAGUAUUGAAGAAAGUGAAUUGGAUGGUACUGUUUCCAGAGAUUUCACUAUUCAAUCUCUUCAUGAUGAUUAUGAGCUUACUGUCCGUAUUAUUCAGCCUUCUCAUACUAUAACUGAAAUUAGUGAUAUUAUUCAUCUUAUAACAAUUGUUCAACAAUAUCAUCUUGAAUAUCAAAAUGGCCCAAUUGUUGUAGUAGAUGAGCUUGGUGGAACUGUAUCAGCCACAUUUUGCUGUUUAACAACAUUAAUGAAACAAUUAGAUUAUGAUUCUCAUGCUGAUGUAUCAAUUUAUGCUAAACUUUACCAUAAUAGGAUUCCAGGAAUAUGGAAGACCAUAGAUGACUAUUUGGUUUUAUAUAAAGGUUUAAAUGUUAUUACAACAAGCAAAGGUGUUUCCCUUAUUGCGAGCCCGAGUUAUGUGAACUCCUGUUAAAUAUUAAAAAAAAAAAAAUAAUACAAAAAGACAACACCAAUUAACUUCUGUGGACCGUCAUCUACAUUCCAAGAAGAGAUUGCAAGAGAUUACGCGUCUUUAAUUUAUUUAUUUUUUAUUGUAGAGCUGAGAGGCUUCUAGUCAUUAUUACAGAUAAAUAAUUUACAAUGAACAGUUAAUUAACUGUAAGUUUUAAAAAUAUUGACUGUGAUGCCAUUUUUAAAAUUAAGAAAUGUUAUGAACGUAUAGCUGCCCUUAUGACCGCAAUUGUUGAUUUUAUUUCUAUGUAUAUCUUUUUUUUUAGAUUUUUUGUUAGGUUAUAUGUAUUUUUUAUUGUUUUUCUUAUGUAUGCAAAUUGAAGAAUAUUUAUCAAACAUUAUUGCUUUUCUUUAUUAUUUCAUUCAUUAUCAUGGUGUGUAAAUAAUAUUUAUUAUUGAUUAGAAAAUGAUAGUAUUUUAUUCAUUUUUUCUAAUUAUGUUUAGUUAAUGAAGUAUGAAAUGAAAACUAAAUCCAAUGACCUAAUUAUAAAAAUGUAGUUUUAAAUUUUAUACUUUUUAUAAUUUGCAUAUAUUUUGUAUAAACAAGCUACUGUAAGAAAUCAGCAUCACAAAUAUUUAUAAAAUUAAUCGAAUACAAGGUAAUAUUAUAUGACAAAAUAAUAGCAUGUUCAUGUGAAUUGUUCUUUUCAUCCGAGAUACCCUCUUCCAUGAUACAUCAUAUUAGUGAAUGUUAAGAUUCCUGUAUAUUCAAGCAUUUUAAUAGAGACUGAUUGUAAAUAUCUAUUUUAAAUGUUGUACCAUUUUUUAAUUUAAAUUAUGUGAGAUGCAGUGAUGUAGUUCACUUAAGUCUCUUUCUCUAUAUUUAAUUUUACACUAUAAAAUAAAUAAAUUCUAUUAAUUAUUUAUAUAAUUGUUGUUAGAAUUAAAAUUUAGUUUAAUUUUACUGUAGCAAAGUAAUGUUUCCCCUGUUAUGCUUUAAUAUUCGUUAGCUCUCUGAGCAUUUAAAAGAAGAAAGAUUUUUCAUUUAUGUAGAAAAAAUGUUUGUUUUUUUUUUUUGUACUACAUCACUGGGGUUUGGUGAUGUCUAAAUUUCCCUAAUUAUACUUGCAGAUAUGCAAGAAUAUUGUGCUCAAACAUUGAUUAAAGUUCAUUUUUUAUAACUGCAGAAUAUUCAUGUAUAUAUUAUACAGUGCAUCCAGAAAUGGAAUGCUAUAAUUAAUGAAUAAAUACAAAUGUUUCAAAACAGAACAAAAACAAAACAUUAAAUUCUAAAAUAUACAACACUUUUUGAA